CAGCAGUGCACCAACCGGAAGCGUCCGUGUUGUGGCGGAAGGAGGUGUUUUCUGGCAGCAGCCGGUGGUGAGAAGCGUGGCGGGCGAAGAUGAUUCAGGCGAUUCUUGUUUUCAAUAAUCACGGGAAGCCGCGGUUGGUCCGCUUCUACCAGCGUUUCCCAGAAGAAAUUCAACAGCAGAUUGUUCGAGAGACCUUCCAUCUAGUUCUCAAGCGGGAUGACAACAUCUGUAACUUCUUGGAGGGUGGAAGUUUGAUUGGUGGCUCUGACUACAAACUGAUUUAUCGGCACUAUGCUACCCUCUACUUUGUUUUUUGUGUGGAUUCAUCAGAGAGUGAACUUGGGAUCUUGGAUCUCAUCCAGGUUUUUGUGGAGACUCUGGAUAAAUGUUUUGAAAAUGUUUGUGAAUUGGAUUUGAUCUUCCAUAUGGAUAAGGUGCACUACAUCCUUCAGGAGGUGGUGAUGGGUGGGAUGGUGUUGGAAACAAACAUGAAUGAAAUUGUGGCUCAGAUUGAAGCUCAGAACAGGCUGGAGAAAUCCGAGGGUGGCCUUUCGGCAGCGCCCGCCCGGGCUGUGUCUGCUGUGAAGAACAUCAACCUGCCAGAGAUGCCUCGGAACAUCAACAUUGGCGAUCUCAACAUCAAGGUCCCCAACCUGUCCCAGUUUGUCUGAGAGUGGAAGAUGGCUGAACUGAGUUCUUGGAACCAGCAAAGCCAAGCCAGUCCUGCAGCAGAACCCACUCUGCGCCCUAGAGGAGUCCAAUCUCAGGCCCUGGCCCUUCUGUCCUGGAGCAGGAAGGCGUCCUGUGUCACCCCUAGCCUGUGCCCGCUCCUCACAUGUGCAGCCUUGCCCUUCUCUCAUACACGUGGCCGCUGCAGAUGUGAGGGGCACCGGCUGCCUCGGUGGGGGUCAGGAGACCAAGCCAUUCACCCCCUUUACCUCCCACGUGCAGCCACUCCUAGGGGUUGGGGACUGUAGUAAGAGGCCCCUCUGCUCCCAGAACUCCACCAUAAGGACAUUCUCUGACUCAAGUCUUCAAGCUUAGCACCAUAAGGCUCCUGAGGUCCUGUAGAAUUGACUUUCCUGGCAAGGUGCCGUAGCUAGAAAAGGGAUAUGGUGAGUGGCAAACAAGGACAAGAUUUUUGAGAACCAGAAUUGCCUACCCGCUCUCCUAGAAUUGUCAUACCCAGAAACCUUUUGUAUAGCUUUCCGAUCACCAUCUCCUGCAGAGUGCAUCCCCCCACUGCCGCAGUCCCAGCUCUGUCCCACAGGUGUUUAUAUGCAGGACACAGUCCAGUCACAAACCUGGUGCUUGCGCCCCCAUUUCUGCCGAUACGAAGAGCACCCCCCAUAGCUAGAGGGAAGAGGCCCUGUAUCUAUAGAAGGCAAGGCUGGCAACACGUGGAACAUCUCAGAAUUACAACUUCCCAGGUUUAAAAUACAUUCUCCUCACGAGGAGCAGACGAGUCAGCUGCUGUCUUACGAAUGAUGAGUCUUCUCCAAAGCCCACUGCUGUCUGUAUCAGCUUCUGGAGCAUGAGAGCCUCAGCUGGGAUCACCCGUCCUGGACCUGACACAGAAAGACUGGGGACACAGGCAGCAUGCUGACUGAGACCGGUGGCAGUGAAGCAUCUUCUCCCCGGUGUGCGAGGGGUCCCUCCCUAAGCUUGCUUAUGCGCAUGCCCUGUUCUCCUCUGGUGACAGUCCCCCAGAGCUAGCUGUGGAAACCUGUAAUAAGGUAUGAUAAG